AUGUCGAGCGAUAUUCCCCCUCCCCUCGGUGAGCGGAUUAAGGGCCUUUUUGAGCCCGCUCCACUUAUGACCUGGGCUAUGUCUCAUUAUAUCCGGGUGUGUGUCGAGGCCGUCUUCCAGAAGGGCGAGAUCCUUGCGCCUAUCCUCGCCACCCGCAGACUGCGAGAUGAGGCAUUUGGUCGGUUCUGGGUGGAAUUCAGCACCCCCGCACAAAACGCCCCGCCACCAACCACUACAAUCGCAAAUGAAGAAGACUCACCCCAACCAAGUAAAAACGCCCACGGCUCCUCGGACCUCAUCCCGCCACUCCUAAAAGCAGCAAACGGGAUCAUCCUAGACAUCGGUCCAGGAACAGGCACGCAAAUGCCCCUCCUCCGCUCCCCGUCCAUCACAGCAAUAUACGGGCCCGAGCCCUGCGUCGGACUACACGCACAGCUCGCUAGGAGAGCGGCGGCUGAAGGUCUCGCGGAUAAGUAUUACAUUCUCCCCUCCGGCGCUGCCUCGUCUGAACUUCUCCCUGCCCUCCGGGAGACGGGAACGGGUGUGGUGGAUGAGUAUGAGCGGACUGGAAAAGGAAUCUUCGAUACGAUUAUCUGCGUGCGUGUUCUGUGCUCGGUGCCGGAGAUGGAGAAGACAGUGGAUGAGUUGUAUACCCUGCUCAAGCCGGGUGGGAAGGUGUUGGUUACGGAGCAUGUGGUUAAUCCGUGGCGAACGGCAAAGGGAUCGAUUCUUGCAAGGAUUGCGCAGGGUGUUUAUCAGUUGCUUGGAUGGAGCUUUUUUAUUGGGGAUUGUGCGCUUGAUCGGGAUACGGAGAGUGUGCUCAGGAAGGUGGCGGACCGGGAUGGGGGGUGGGAGGUUGUGGAUUUGGAGAGAUCGUUUUCUUGGACGGCUAUGCCGUAUAUUUCUGGGACUUUAGUCAAAAAGAGUGAUUAG